AAUUGAGCAAGGUGUGUCGAAUGCUCAGUCUGAUUUAAAAUUUUCUUUCUCAUGAACUUGUUAUUACUAAACGUUCGAACAGUGCCAGCCUGUGCUUGAAAGGUGACAAGACAUUCUAUUUUCUCUCGUUGUUGAGACGACUCUAAAUAGUGGAAGAUGUCCAAGGUGUCUUUGAAUAACGUGCCUUCGAAUCCCAGAAUCAAUCGACUUAGAACAUUUUCAAGGACUGAAAGCGAAACUUCAUGCGAAGAGGCAGCGCGGUUGACAGCCGAAGGCGCAGCGGCUGACGACGAUGAUGAGGCGUUCGAUUAUGGGGCCCUGCCGCCGCCACCCGACGGUGGUUAUGGCUGGGUGGUGGUGUUCGCCUCCUUCAUGUGCAACCUCGUCGUUGACGGCAUCGCCUACACAUUCGGAAUAUUCCUCCCGGAGCUGGUCACGUACUUCGGAGAAGGGAAAGGCACGGUAGCAUGGGUUGGCAGUCUUCUGUCAGGAGUUUACUUAGCGGCUGGUCCGAUAGUGUCAGCACUAUGCAACAAGUUCGGGUGUCGCGCUGUGUGUAUCGCCGGGUCUCUAGUUGCCACCACAGCGUUCGUCCUCUCUACUUUCAGCAAGAGUGUCACGGUCAUGAUGAUCACAUACGGCUUAUUAGGAGGUAUAGGUUUCGGUAUGAUAUACUUGCCUUCAGUGGUUGCAGUGGGUUACUACUUCGAAACGAGACGAUCUCUUGCUACUGGCAUAGCGGUGUGCGGCUCGGGAGUCGGCACAUUCAGCUUUGCGCCACUCGCUUCAAUCCUUUUAAACGAAUUCGGAUCAUGGCAAAACGCAAAUCUACUGCUUGCUGGCUUGAUACUCAACUGUGCCGUUUUCGGCGCUUUAAUGAGGCCUUUGGUCUACCCCAAGACAUCAGGUGAAAAACCACUUCUGCAACGUAUGGCUGAAGAGAAAAGACUGCAAAUGGAACGGGGAUCUAUAGGAGGCUCAUACUUCAUGGUCCAACUACCAGAUGGCACCAUGGAAAAAAGAAUGAAGGCUCCCCUGAACAUAGACCCGGGUGUUCACUCGUCGCUUAACUUAGAAGCGUUAGCGCGGGUACCCACUGUGCCAAAUAUGCCGGGCGUGCCCACGGUGCCUACUUUACCCACUAUCACUGAAGCUAAAGUGCCUGAUGAGACCGCUGAGAAGAAGGUAAAUAAUGGAUCAGCGACGGUAACAUCGACGCAGCAACAGAUGUCGCGCAACGUUUCCUCGCCAGCGUUCAGUUCCCAAGCUCCCGGAUUGCCCAAGAACGGUUCUGUGCCAUUCUUCGACCGGCAGAGGAAGCAGUCCACCGGAGAUAGGUCAGAUGCAGAUAGAUUCAAACCGUCCUUAGCUGCUAUCAAAGCAUCGUCCAAAGCUUCUAUGAACCGAAACGAUGGAGACGCAGAAAGCAUGAUGUACACAUCCAAGCUUUCCGUAUCCGGCCCGAAAGAGCCUUCCCGAAUGGUCCGGCCGAUGUCCCGUAAAGACAUCUUCUAUUCCGGUUCCGUUCUCAACCUGCCUCAGUACCAAAGCCAGAAGUCACUUCAAGGCUAUAGGAAUUCGGUCCUUAGUUUACCACAGAGUAGGCAAACUGGCGACUUGGAGAGGCAAGAAGAAUACGACCUAUGCCCGUGCUUGGCUUUACCCAACUCGUUCAAGUCUGCACUAUCGUCUAUGUUGGACGUCAGUUUACUCCGCGAUCCCGCCUUCAUGCUGAUAGGCGUUUCCAACAUAUUCGGCAUGGCCGGCCUCUACGUGCCAUUCGUGUAUAUCGUCGACGCUGCCAUGAUGAACGGCGUGGAAUCAGGAAAAGCCUCAUUCCUUCUAUCAAUAAUCGGGAUCACAAACACCGUGGGACGUAUCGCUUGUGGAUGGGUGGCCGACUUCCCCUGGAUGGACUCCCUGCUGCUCAACAACUUGUGCCUCGUCAUCGCCACCAUAUCGGUAGCGGCGACCCCCUUCUGUUAUUCUUAUGCAGCGUACGUUGCUGUAGCCAUCGCCUUUGGUAUUGCUAUAUCCGGCUAUAUUUCCCUCACAUCUAUCAUCUUAGUAGAUCUUCUAGGGCUGGACAAACUCACUAAUGCCUUCGGAUUGCUAAUAUUAUUCCGUGGAGCGGCCGCUAUAGUUGGAUCUCCAUUAGCUGGAGCCGUAUACGAUGCGACGAAGAACUAUGAUGCUUCAUUCUAUAUGGCCGCGGCUUUCUUCCUUGCUUCUACUUUGACUUCAUUCGCAGCUCCUACAUUCCGCAGGAAACAAGAAGAAGUCCAACAACCGGCUGACGUAUUAAGUCCCAUAGACGAAGACCUAGAAGAAGGCGAGGAAGAAGACCCUGACGAUACUCCGAUCACUAUGGGCGCUAACCUCGCUAGAGCUCCGCCUACUAUCACUAAGACCGCGGCUUCACCUUCAGAUCCGCCUUCACCCAGCCCGCCGGCGAGAGAAAGCGUAUUGUAAGCCUUAUUACCUUAAAGAUACGGAUGAUUUUACUAUACUCCAAUCUAAAGUCUUCACAUUAUCGACGAUUUUACUAUUCGUCAUUCUUAAGUUCUAUCGUCAAAACAGCGGCCUCUCCUUGGGCCGUAGAAGGAGCUUAUUUUAGCCUUAUUAUCUGUAAAAUACGGACGAUUUUCCUCUGCUCACGACUGCAUAAAAAAUAUCGAGCUAGGUUCUUCUACUAUCACCAAGAUCGCGGCCUCCCUUUCAAAUCCGCCUUCACCAGUCCACCAGCAUGAAAAAGAAUAUUGUAAGCCUUAUUACCUAAAAUAAAGAUUUUACUAUACGCCAAUCUUAAGUUCUCCCACCAUAUCGUAAAAAUGGCGGCCUCUACUCGAGCCGUGAUAAGAGAAGCAUAUUGUAAACCUUAUAUUCUUUAAAAUAUUGACGAUUUUACUAUACUCACAUCGCUAUAAAAAAUCUCGAGCUAGGUUCGUCUACUAAAGAUUUUUUUUUUCAUUUCAUAAUAAUUCGGUCGAAUCUUUUGAUAUGGUAUGAAGGACUUAAUGGCUUCGUUUCAUUGAUAAUUUUAAAAUGUAUAUAUAAACCUGUUUAUUUCUAUGAGUAAUGAUAGUAAAAUCGUCCAACUACUCUAUAAAUAUAUGUUAAAUUCCUACAUGUACAAACACAAAGAUGUAAAGCUAGUUCCGCCAACUAUAUCAAAAUAACUGCCUCAUUCAGAGACCUCAUUUAAUGCUUGUCAAUCUAAAGCAAGGAAUGUGAGCGCAACUUUAUUUUUUUUAAAUCAAUUGACGUCUCUGCGUGCGACAGAAAUCUUCAUUUUCUCGGUUACUAAUCUAAGGUAUUAUAAAGGUACUAAGGUACGUAUUCAUUAGAGUUUCUAAUCAAAUUUUAAUAUUAUGGUAUUGAACCGAUAAUUAUAUAAGGAAUAUAAGCAAAAAUGUAAAAAAAAUGCCAUGCUCAUACAUAAUUAGUUGGCGAACUGUUCUACAAAAAAUGUACAAAAAACAUUCGAUAGUGUCUUCACAAAUUGUCAACAUGUAUUAAUAAUUCCUACGAUCUCAUAGUGUUGCGACAAGUUUGUGAAAUACUUUGAAAGUUUACUGUAACGGCUAUAAGAUUUGCUACAUAUUUUCGUUACUGAUCCGUACAUUAAAACUCAAAACCAGCUAGGAUAUAUAAGUACUGUAUAUGACAUCUAGAUACAAAUGUAGAUAUUUUAAUAAUGUAUAGUGUGCAAAAUUGGAAACGUAACGGUCGACGUAAAGUUUGUUAAAAUUUCAAUUUGCUAUAUAAAGUUUAGAAUCUUCACGUAGACUCCUUAUACCGGGUUCGAUUUGAUUGAAAGUCUGUUAGAUAAUUCAAAUCGCAUGUGAUUUAGCUGAUGAUCAACUAAUAUCGCCUUGUGUGAAACCGGUAUUACUCACAUGCUAGUUUUUUUAAUUCGAUUUUACAUGCUUUGUCGAUAUCACUUAUUUGUGAACUAAGAAAGAUCUCAUUUCGUAAGGAAUCAAAUCUACUAUGUCUUGUUGCCUUUUUCUUUUUGGAAAUCAGCAUUGUAAAUAUAUUUUUGUGGAAUAAAAAAAUAUUUCUACAUAACGCCAACAAACACAAGCUAUAUCUCAUGAUCGAUACUUUGUGGAUUUUGAAGGGUCGUUACGUUUUCAAUUGGCAUCUUAACAAUGUAAGAAUAAAAAUCGCUAAAGCGUGAUACUAAAUAACUUAAUAUAAUUGCAUGUGUAUUAUAAUAAUACUGAUUCUAAUUACUAAGCGUUGUUUAUAAAAGAACUCGAGAACUGUAAAUAAAACGAAGUUACCACGGAGGAUGCAUAUUUUAUAACACAAAUAUAUAUGUAUGUAUACAUAUAUAUAUAAAUUCCUCACGAGCGUUUUAUAGGAAUUGAAAACGAGCAACAACGCGAAAGUUUCGCGUUUAAUAUGAGAGACACGUAUAAGGUCCAUAUUUCCAACGUGCCAUAAUAGUUGUCGUGGUGCUAGCAUCAACGUUUUCGAUGUACCAACAAACUACGAUAAAGAAAAAAAUAAUUGUAAUAUUACUUAUAAUUAUACUCUGUGAAAUGGAACGGCGACAUGUUUUAAAUUUCCCAAUGUCUAAAUAGAAUAAAAUAAUGUCCAUCGGUUAUAGCAAUAAAUGGCGUACUUAUAGAGAUUCGAGUACUUAGAUGGAACUUAAAUUAGUAGAUGUGUACUUAAGUUUCACCCAUUAAGGCGCCUUCUUCACCGCGUCGGUGCGGGCUUGUUUAGUUUUCGUUUCUGUACCGAAUCUAUAAAGAUUCUUUUCAGCACCUUUGCUCAAAAAAUGCACAAACGGAGGUUGUUUACAUUGUUCGAAAGUGCAAAAUUACGGGCUAUGCAAUGGAGCAUCUUUUAUUUCGAUAAAACCUCCUUGAAAACGCUUUUUAACUAUACGUUUGUCUCACUUUAAUGUUAAAAAGAAAAAGAGACGAAUGAUGUAGUUCUAAUUUUCACCACUAGCAGGUGGCGCCAAUUGGAUAUGCGCGCCAUUUUCUUCUAAGAAAAACUUUGCUUCAUUACUUCAAAAUUAAACUGUUUUCUCUCAAAUGUGUUGAAAAACGUUGUAUGACUUUCUUGAGGAAUUAGUAUUUACAAACUCGUGCCUAUGAUAAACCCUCGACUUCGUCUCGGGCUUACAUUCGUCUACUUGUUUGUAAUAACCAACUUACCGCAGUAAUAUCAUAAAUUACUUUCUAGAGCUUCCUCACUGAGUAGUUUUGGUACAGAUUCUUUAACGAGCGUAUACACAGCUCUCUGUACCAAGGGCUACCGAACCAUCCGAUUCGCCCGUCCUGUCACUCCCACAAACGAAUUCAUUCGCAAAUAAAACGAAAAUUACUGCACCAAAACAGAGCCAGUCAAGGAGUAGUUUUUGGUAAAGAAUCUGUACAGAUUCGGUACAGAAACGGGCCCGCACCGACCCGGUAAGGAAGGCGCCCUACGGCCGUACUCAGGGGCGCCAAUUAACUUUUGAAUUUAUUUUAUUUAAAAAAAGAUAUUUGCUUUAACAAAAAAGUGAAUCACCACAUGAUUUUAAAUGGCAUUGAAUUGUUUGGAGUCGUUGAUUACGGCCGUUAGAUAUUAUAAAAUAAAAUAUAUGGCACUUUUGACGCCGAUGCUUACCUUAACUUUUCCCAUUUGCAGUAUGAAACUCGCAGAAUUUCGCUUUUCCACUUUAGCUUUUUGUACAGUAACUGUUUUAAACUUUUACCCCAGUAUUACAUAACGUUAGCUGAAGUUAAACCCGUUUAAAAAUUUUACUGUCUCAUUUAGUUGCUAAAGAGAAGACAGGCAUAGAUUAAAACCAAAUCUAACUCCGACUGACCGAAUGACGACCUCCGUGGCCGUGUGGUUUGUACGCCGGGUUUCAAGGUUCGUCAACUGGAGAGGUCCCGGGUUCGAAGCCCGGUGGGGGCAGAUGCUUGUGCGAUGAAUACGAGCAUUUCUAAUCCAGUCAUGGAAGUUUAAUUUGUAUUUAUAUAUGUAUCAGUAUAUGUAUUCUAUCCUUCACCCUAGUAUCCCAUAACGCAAGCCUAUAGUGCUUACGUUGGGGCUGAUCGUAAGAAAUAUUUAUGUAUUUAACUUUAGUCCACGUUUUGUAAACAAGUGGUUAAGAUUUUCUACCUGCUAAAUCACAUUUUCGAUGCCCUUUACUAACAUACAUAUUUGUUAGGCUCUUACAAUACAUAUGACAUGUUCCCGAUCAUUCAUCACCCGAGCACGAAUUUUGACAGAUCCGUAUCGAUCGUAUCGCUAACGUCAAACGUUUUAAGGAAUCUAAGCAGCGCCCCUAUUGGACUUAAAUACAAAAUAGCUCCUUCUCUAGAAACUUUGACGAUGGCGAUACUUAUACGGAUCUGUCGAAGUCCGUCCAUGGGCUUGGGGUACCGUCCUCUUAUUAGCAAAUAUUCGGUUCAAGUUCUGUGCUUUGUCUUUGUUAAUCCUCAAUGGAUUGACAGAGACAAAUUAUGAAUAACCGAAUUUCGUACCAUUGAAGCCUGAACAAAAGAGCCAUUAGGUCCUUACUCAAAUUUACUGUAGCAGAAUUCGGUAACUACUACUUUUAGAAUUAACAGUAAAAUCCAAAGUACAGAGCAAGCAAUCUUCGACUAAAAGUAACUAAGUGUAAAAUCUAAAUUUAUUCGAUCUCUACUUGGCUUUCCUACAUUUUUUUGUCGAUUAACAAAUACCGCAG